CUUGGGGGAGGUCUUCACUCGUACAAGGGCGCAAAGAGGUGUGAAGAGCGUUUCCGGGUCGUGCACCAUGACUGCAGGUGGCAAGGAGAAGGCGGCACUCGAUCCCAUCGGAGACGAUGACGUGCCAGACCGAGGUCACUGGACGGGGCGUUUCGACUUCAUCCUGGCUUGUCUGGGAACUGCGGUCGGAUUGGGGAAUGUUUGGAGAUUCCCGUUUCUCUGCUAUAAAAAUGGUGGUGGGGCUUUCGUGCUGGCAUACGUAAUCAUGGUAUUCAUGGUGGGCAUGCCCAUUUUCUUGCUGGAGUUGAGCAUGGGGCAAUACAGCGCCUCAGGACCUUCCAAAGUAUUCUCAAACAUUGCACCGCUGUUUAAAGGUGUUGGUUAUGCCAUGGUGCUCGCCGCGUCUCUGGUGUCCAUCUACUACAACAUGAUCAUCGGAUGGACUCUCUUUUACUUUGUCGAUUCUUUUCGAUCCGAUCUACAGUGGAAGUACUGUUCCCACGAUUUCAACACUGACAACUGUUUCAGCGAUGUCGACUUCCAUGCCUGUAAAGCUCAAAAUGAAAGCAACAUCUUUAAUUUUAGAACCUGCUUCAACGCGUCCUAUGCUGCUCUCCGUAAUAUAAGUGAUAUUCCAGAUACGAUGAGAAUAUCAGCACCUGAAGAAUAUCUAAAUAAUUACAUGCUUCGCAAGAGCUCCGGUUUGGAAGAAUUCGGUAGCAUUCAAUGGCCUUUAAUGGUUAGCCUCCUCGCUGCUUGGAUCGUUGUAGUACUGAGCUUACUCAAAGGAAUCAAGACAUCUGGUAAAGUGGUAUACUUCACGGCGACUUUCCCAUACGUGAUCCUGGUAAUCCUGUUUAUUCGAGGAGUAACUCUGGAAGGAGCAGCAGAUGGACUAUAUUUCUAUCUCGUACCGGACUUCGAUAAACUCAUGCAUGUCAGCGUGUGGCAGGAUGCAGCCGUUCAAGUGUUUUAUUCCUUCAGCAUCGGUGGUGGAGGUAUGAUCACCUAUGCUAGCUACAACAAAUUUCACAAUAACCUUAUCAAAGACGUCUUAAUCAUCGGCAUUGGUGACAUGCUGACAAGCCUUUUCAGUGGUCUCGUCGUGUUCUCGAUGCUGGGCUUCAUGACUGUUCAGAUAGGGAAGUCGAUUCACGAUGUCGUCAAAUCUGGUACUGUCCUUGCUUUCAUCGCCUAUCCGGAUGCCAUAAGCCGAAUGCCCGUGGCAACUCUUUGGGCUCUUCUGUUUUUCUUCAUGCUCUUCCUUCUUGGAAUUGACAGCCAGGUGAUCCUAGUCACAUAG